UUCCUCCUCCUUUUCGGACACAUAUAGAGAGAGAGACGGAGAGAGAGAGAGAAAGAGAGAGAGAGAGAGGAGUUGCUCCUCGGAUCUCGCGAUCUCCACUCCCAAAUCUCACCUCUCCUCUCCCCCUCGAUUUGACGAAUCCAUCUCCUCCUCUCCUCCCCUGAUCCGAUCCCCCUCGCCUCCCCCCCCGGUCUCGCUUUGGAUCUGAAUCUAGGGUUUCCGAACGCCCCCGCCACCCUUCUCCCUCCUCUCCCAUGGCCCCCAUCUCGCGGAGCCGUACAUGUCGUCUCCCUCAGCUACGAUAUCUCUUCGUCGUCCUCCUCUUGCUCGCUUCCAUCUGUGGCCCGCGAAUCGUCUCCUCCGAGGGUUUAGAGCUCGACGAUGAUGAGGUGAAGGAGAAUGAACCCUUGGAUCGCCGCACCAAAAUGUUUCUUCAUUCUUUCAGGAACAAUACUACUAGUUGGAGCAAUGGACUUCCCAUACAUCAAGAUGGAUUGGGGCUUUUUGAUGCCUUCUUUGCUAGCUUGUCCAUGAUUAUAGUCAGUGAGAUCGGAGACGAAACAUUUAUAAUUGCUGCUCUCAUGGCGAUGCGGCAUCCCAAGUCAAUUGUUUUAUCUGGCGCUCUCGCUGCCUUGAUUGUCAUGACAGUGCUAUCUACUGGACUUGGUCGGAUAGUGCCCAACUUGAUAUCGAGGAAACAUACAAAUAGUGCAGCUACAGUGCUUUAUGCAUUCUUUGGAUUACGGUUGCUUUACAUUGCUUGGAGAUCAGAUUCAAAGUCUUCACAAAAGAAGGAGAUAGAAGAAGUGGAGGAAAAGCUCGAGGCAGGGCAAGGGAAAACAACAUUCCGACGCAUAUUUUCGAGGUUUUGUACACCUAUUUUCUUAGAGUCCUUUGUUUUGACUUUUCUGGCCGAAUGGGGUGAUCGCAGCCAGAUAGCAACUAUUGCGCUUGCAACCCACAAGAACGCAAUCGGGGUUGCCGUUGGGGCGACCCUGGGGCACACAAUUUGUACAUCCUUUGCGGUGGUAGGUGGCAGCAUGCUCGCCUCCAAAAUCUCUCAAGGCACUGUUGCCACCAUCGGCGGCCUCCUCUUUCUAGGGUUUUCCCUCUCUUCCUACUUCUACCCCCCAUUGUGAUUGUAACUUGUCAUCUGAUUCUUCUUCUCUGUUAACCCGUCGCCCGCCGCCGCCCUUUCGGACGUCGAGCUCCUCCAUUCGAGAGCAAUCAAGGUCGGGUUCGCUCGAAACCGCCGAGUGGGCGCCGGGCUCCUUAACCAAUACGUCAAAAUUGGAUCUUUGGGCCUCGCACGUAAGCUGUUUGAAGAAAUUCCCAACAGAGAUGUUCCUGCAUGGACGGUUCUCAUUUCGGGUUAUUCUCGAAAUGGACGGAACGAGACGGGGCUGCAGCUAUUUCAUCGGAUGCUAGACGAGGGGGUUCAACCGAAUGGCUUCACUCUUUCUAGUGUUUUGAAGUGUUGUGCAGGAAUUAGCGACGUAGAAAAUGGUAAGAGGAUUCAUGGGUGGAUUGUGAGAAAUGGGAUUGUUUUGGAUGUCGUGCUGCAUAACUCAAUCCUUGACAUGUACACUAAAUGUGGCACUUUCGAACAUGUGAAGAGAUAUUUCCACAUGAUGAUGGAGAAGGAUUCUGUUUCAUGGAAUAUUAUGAUUGCCGCCCAUUUGGAGAUUGGUGAUAUUGAUGGAUCGAUGGACUUAUUCGCACAUUCGCCGUUUCAGGACGUUUCGAGUUGGAAUACAAUCGUUAGCGGGCUGGUGCGAAAUGGAUUUGACGAGAUGGCCCUCAAGCUUCUCGAUCAAAUGGUAAGAACCGGACCGAGGUUUAAUCAAUUCACUUUCUCUACGGCUUUGGCACUGUCAGGUAAAUUAUCUUUGCUGCACUUAGGCAGGGAACUUCACAAUCGAAUAUUGAGAAUCGGGUACGAGCAAGAUGCAUAUGUUACAAACUCUCUGAUAGACAUGUAUUGCAAAUGUAACCAGAUGGAAGCUUCAUCCAUUAUAUUCAAUUCCUCGUCAUUAUUUGCUACUAAUUCAACGGCAAAGACCAUUUCAUGGAGCACGAUGAUGGCUGGAUUUGUCCAAAGUGGUCGAAAUGAAGAGGCUCUCGAGCUUUUCCUCAGUAUGCAAAGAGGAGGCGUCACUUUGGACCAAUUUACUCUCACUAGCUGUGUCACAGCUUGUGCUGAUGCUGGAAUUUUAGAGCAAGGGAGGCAGGUACAUUCUUGUAUUGAGAAACUAGGGCACGGUUUUGAUGUACACUUAGCAUCGGCUAUCACUUACAUGUAUGCUAAAUGUGGUAGUUUAGAAGAUGCUGAUAAAAUUUUUCGCCACACCGAUAAUAGGAAUGUCGUUCUUUGGACUUCAAUGCUGUGCUCCUAUUCUUUGCAUGGGCAGGGGAGGCCGGCUGUUGAGCUUUUCGACAGGAUGUUGGGAGAGAAAAUAAUCCCGAACGAAAUUAGUUUUAUUGGUGUUUUGUCAGCUUGUAGUCAUAGUGGGUUGGUUACAGAAGGGUAUCGAUAUUUUAGAUUAAUGAAGGAAACUUACGGGAUAAGUCCCAGUGUAGAGCACUAUACUUGUAUAGUUGAUCUCUAUGGUAGAUCCGGAUUCCUUGAUAGGGCCAAACAGUUCAUUUAUGAAUAUAAAAUAAGCCAUUAUGCUGUUGUUUGGAGAGCAUUUUUAUCGGCAUGCCGUGCUCAUAAUUACAUCAAAGAUGCAAUAUUGGCAUCUGAAAAGUUGGUUGAGCUUGAACCAUAUGAUGCAGGAUCCUACAUUUUGUUGUCAAAUUUAUAUGCAACUAAAAGGAAAUGGGAAGAUACAUUUGAAUUGAGAAGUUUAAUGCAUGAAAGAGGGGUUAGAAAACAACCUGGUCAAUCUUGGAUUCAAAUAAAGAACAUGAUUCACACAUUUGUUGUGGGGGAUAAGUCACAUCCCAAAGCCAAUGAAAUUUAUUCUUAUUUAAAUAAAUUGAUCGCAAGGUUGAAGGAAAUGGGGUAUUUGAGUAGAACGGAUUUGGUUCUUCAUGAUGUAGAAGAAGAACAAAGAGAGUCGGCAUUGAAUUUCCAUAGUGAGAAGCUAGCUAUUGCUUUUGGGAUCAUUUCCACCCCUAGAAAAACACCUCUUAGGGUCAUGAAAAAUUUGCGUGUCUGCGAGGACUGUCAUGAAGUUAUUAAGUAUAUAAGCCAAGUCACGGAGAGGGAGAUAAUUCUUCGAGAUACACACCGCUUUCAUCAUUUUAAGCAUGCAAAGUGUUCCUGUGAAGAUUUCUGGUGAACGAGCUCAGAUAUUCAUGACUAUUUUACUUUGUUAUUUGAGAUGAAGCAAAUUCAUGAAGGUAUGUACCAAAGCUCGCAUCUUAGAUUUGCCGGAUUAUGAAAUAGGCAUAUAUGUGGUCUUUUUUAUUACUUUUAAUUCCAUUUCACACCAUAGAGCAUUCAAGAACAUAAUUUCAUCGUAUUAGAGGACGCGCAUUCACACAGAAGCUUUAUGAAAGUGCUUGAAUGCUAUAUGCCAAACUUUUUUAGCUGCUCUUUUAGCUGACUGCAGAAAUUUGUCAUCUGUUUUCUGAAGAAACUACAAGGUGAUUUAUGUUAUUGCAAGAAAGAGGGGUAUUCCUCUGUCAUCGCUGAGCCGAGUGCUUAGGAUCUGCGGCUUUGGAGGCAUCAUUUGUCAUAUCAGGAUUAAUUCGUUUUUUAAAAAAG